GCACCCGGCGUAAGGGGGUGGGGUAGGGGCCAUGGAUGGUGAGGCCGAGCCGGAGCAGGGGACCCCAGCACCCCCACCGCCGGCUGCCCACGGGGGACCCGCCUCCGGCCACGCUCCGACCCUCGGAGGGCGGCGAGAACCCAAGAAGUACGCGGUGACCGACGACUACCAGUUGUCCAAGCAGGUGCUGGGCCUGGGUGUGAACGGCAAAGUGCUGGAAUGUUUCCACCGGCUCACUGGGCAGAAGUGUGCCCUCAAGCUCCUGUAUGACAGCCCCAAGGCCCGGCAGGAGGUGGAGCACCACUGGCAGGCUUCAGGCGGGCCCCACGUCGUGCGCAUCCUGGACGUGUACGAGAACAUGCAUCGCGGCAGACGCUGUCUCCUCAUCGUCAUGGAAUGCAUGGAAGGCGGGGAGCUGUUCAGCAGGAUUCAGGAGCGUGGAGACCAGGCUUUCACCGAGAGAGAGGCCGCAGAGAUAAUGCGGGAUAUCGGCACCGCCAUCCAGUUUCUACACAGCCAGAAUAUCGCUCACCGAGAUGUCAAGCCCGAAAACCUGCUCUACACAUCCAAGGAGAAAAACGCCGUGCUGAAGCUCACUGACUUCGGCUUUGCAAAGGAGACCACUCAAAACGCCCUUCAGACGCCUUGCUAUACUCCCUAUUACGUGGCUCCUGAAGUCUUGGGUCCAGAGAAGUACGACAAGUCGUGUGACAUGUGGUCUCUGGGUGUCAUCAUGUACAUCCUUUUGUGUGGCUUCCCACCCUUCUACUCCAAUACUGGUCAGGCCAUCUCUCCAGGGAUGAAGAGGAGAAUCCGCCUGGGCCAGUAUGGCUUCCCCAAUCCUGAGUGGUCAGAUGUAUCAGAAGAUGCCAAACAACUGAUCCGCCUACUGUUGAAGACGGACCCUACAGAGAGGCUGACCAUUGCACAAUUCAUGAACCACCCUUGGAUCAACCAAUCCACAGUGGUACCUCAGACCCCUCUCCACACUGCCCGAGUACUACAAGAAGACAAAGACCAUUGGGAUGAAGUGAAGGAGGAAAUGACCAGUGCUUUAGCCACCAUGCGGGUAGACUACGACCAGGUGAAGAUCAAAGACCUGAAGACUUCCAACAAUCGGCUCCUCAACAAGCGGAGAAAAAAGCAGGCGGGCAGUUCCUCGGCUUCCCAGGGCUGCAACAACCAGUAGCAUCCCAAGCCAUGUCUCAGCCUGGUAACAGACCAUUUGUUGAGGCUCUCUGGCCGGGGCAGGCCAAGGGUCAUUCUUUUAUCAAAUGGAUUUUUUUUUAAUUGUUUUAAUUUGUCACUUGGAACUUGAGGAAGAAGACUGUUUUGACCUAAAAACCUCUUUCAGAGUCCCAGGCCUCAGGCCAGGGGAAGUGGCUGACUCAGUUAAAGCACCUUUGGCCAAGCCCUGAUCCUGCCCCAGCGCAUCUUCUGGAGCCUUCUUGGCCACCAGGGCCUCAGGGCCUCUCCUCUAUGGAAACCUCCUCCCCUGGUGUGGGCAGACAGGCCCAGCCUCCAGAAAGGCAUCUGGCCAUUGGUUGUCAUGGUGACUGAGGAUGGCGUGGCUGUUUGUGAAUGCCCAGUGAGCAAAGGAGGGGAGGGGGAGGAGAGAAGGAGUGGCCACUGAGGGCGCACUCCCCGCUUCUUGAGCCUCCAUGAGGUCACAGGGUCCAGCCCUGUCCAGCCUGAGCGGUUCAGCCCCAGGCCAAAUGGUACUCGGUACUCUCUCCCCUAAAGAGUCCUAACCAUCCUUUUACCGUCCCAUACCCAAAGGGUAGCUCUUGCAUCUUGCAGCUGAAGGUAGAGGGUAUUUUUUUUUUUAAAACCAUUUUCUACUUUGGAAAAAUGUCACUGUGACACACACACACACACUCACACACACACACUUCACGUGCUCACCAGAUCUCAGGCAGG